CCCAGUGCCCCCAACAGCAACAACCACCACCACCGCAGCAACCACACACCUCGACGCCUGGCUGAAGCUGAACGGCUCGUGCCCGGUUUCCAGGAACUUGCCGCUGCCAACCCCGCUGUCCACGCCGCUCUCGGAGGUCGUUUCACUCUUGCAGUACGCCGCGGAUCGGAGGCGGAGGAGGUGAUAAGAUUUGGAAGAUGUCAGGUUAUGAGAAUGUCGUUGGGGGUAAGCUGAAGCUGAAGGGAAAAGCUCUGGAUGUCAAGGCUGGUGGGGUGAAGAAGAAAAAGAAAAAUAAAAAACAUCAGGAUCAAAUUUCUGAAGUUACAGAAAAUGAACUUCCAGCAGGUGGAAGUGCAGAGCUACCCGCUGAUCCCAACGAGGAAGAUGCAAAUGAUGGCAACAAAUUGAUUGAGGAUGGGAAAGCUGCUCGUUAUGAUGAUCAUCUCACUCCCGCAGAACGGCGUUAUAUAGAACAAAGGGAGAGCAUCGAUGUUCAUAGACUGGCCAAGACAUCUAAUAAAUCGCAUCGUGACAGGAUCCAGGAUUUCAACCAGUAUCUGGCAAAUAUGAGUGAGCAUUAUGACAUUCCUAAAGUUGGCCCAGGAUGAGUCAGGAAAGCUUUUGAGUUUGAAGGGAUCGACCUUUUGUUUGUCAAUGUAAUGUGAGUACUAUAUGUCCCCAGUGUGAUUCUUAUCAUGUUAGAUUUAUGUUCUGUUUGGUGAUCUUUUUUCCUGCUUUGGAAUUCGAAUACCAGUUGCAAUUUGUAAAACUUUGCAUGUGCUAGAAAAUCUCCUAUGGAUAGCCAAUUGAUGCUCAUUACCACA